AUGAACACGCUUCUGCAAAAACUUCCACCACGGCUUCCAGGGCCGUGUUCUUCGUCUCCGACCAAGAUUUUAGCCACCGAAAGACCUUUCACAUCAUCAACUCUCGGCCUCCUCCUGCCUCUGCUGAAGUCGCCUAAGCAGCCCGAGCUUUUUUUGCUUGAUCUGCACUUCGACAACCACGUCCCCGAGUUCCACCCCUCCCAUCAGCUGCCGCAUAGGACGAGCUCUAAGGCCCUUCCUCUAACCGAGGGAGAGUCGAGGAAACCUCGUCAGAACUUCAGGGAUAUGGUUAUGGCAACUGCUCUCACCGAUCGAAUCACUCCAGUCGACUUUAAUCAUAUCAAUUUGAAGAAGACCACACCCGGCUUCUUGGACCACCAUCAGAAUGGCGAACUAGUGUCCAAGGCUAUGAUCGGCGGUGCUCUCCGCCACCGUGUGGAGAGUAUCGACCCUGAAUUCUGUGACGCCGGUGACGAAGACACAUUCUUCGUUGCCGACCUCGGUCAUGUGUACCGCCAGCAUCUUCGCUGGAAGAAGAACCUGCCCCGCGUCAAGCCCUUCUAUGCCGUUAAGUGCAACCCGGACCCCAAGGUGCUCCGGCUGCUUGCAGAGCUCGGCAAUGGCUUUGACUGCGCAUCCAAGACGGAAAUCAAGCAGGUGCUCGACAUGGGCGUUGACCCCUCUCGCAUAAUCUAUGCGCAGCCUUGCAAGACCAACUCCUACGUUCGCUAUGUGGCCGCUGAAGGCGUGCGCCAGAUGACCUUUGACAAUGCCGACGAGCUUUAUAAGAUCGCCAAGUUGUUCCCUGACGCGGAGCUUUACCUGCGCAUCUUGACCGAUGACAGCUCCUCCCUUUGCCGUCUUAGCCUCAAGUUUGGCGCUUCUCUCGAUGCUACCGAUGGUCUCCUGUCUCUUGCCCGUGAGCUUGGCCUUAAUGUUGUCGGUGUCUCGUUCCACGUCGGCUCGGGCGCAUCCGACCCUCUUGCCUUCCUCAAGGCUGUUCGCGAUGCCAACUUUGUUUUUGAGCAGGCUGCUGCCCACGGCUUUGACAUGAAGACCCUCGACGUCGGGGGUGGAUUCUGUAGCGAUGAGACCUUCGAGGCCAUGGCCGGAGUUCUUCGUGAUGCUCUUGACGAGUACUUCCCUCCUCACCGCGGCGUUUCCCUGAUCGCGGAGCCUGGUCGGUACUUCGUCUCGGCUGCCUUCACCAUCGCCUGCAACGUCAUUGCUCGUCGCACUGUCGAGGACCCCAACGGAAGCGGGAGCGGCUCUCUUGCAGCUGCCCCUAGCUACAUGGUCUACGUCAACGAUGGCUUGUACGGAAACUUCAGCAGCAUAAUGUUUGACCACCAGCAUCCCGUCGCCAAGGUCCUGCGCUCCUCUGGCAACUUCCUCUACAACACCGCCGAGGCUGAUUCUCCUGCGUCGCCUUCUGAAGGUAUCGAGUACUCGAUCUGGGGUCCUACCUGUGACGGCAUCGACCGCAUCUCGGAAAGUGUUCGCUUCAACCAGACCAUCGACGUUGGCGACUGGCUCUACUUUGAAGACAUGGGCGCUUACACCAAGUGCUCGGCCACCCGCUUCAACGGUUUCUCGGACUCUCACGACGUGAUCUACGUCUGCAGUGAGCCUGCUGCUCGGGCCAUGAUGUUGAACUACAUUUAG